GUUUCUAUGCGGCUGCGAUCCCGGUGGCAGGCUAGCCGCGGCUCCCGGACAGGCGACCACGAGCGGGACGGCCAGAAGGCCCUCGGGCGGGCGAGGGCUGGGACGCCGCCGGCGGUGACUGUGCUCUGCGCCCGGCAGGAGGCGCGGGGGUCGCCCCGGUCCAGGGUCACCGUGACGUCCCAGGAUCCGAGGCGGGUGCUACGCAAAUGACGGCGCAGUGACGCCACGGCGGCUCUUCAGCGCCCUCUUUCCUUGUCCGCAGUCAAGGGGCGGAGUCUGGGUUGUGCGGGAAGCCAACCGCGCUCCUAUGUGCCCGCAGUCCCCGCCUCCAGGCGCGCUCCUCGGGCCGGCCCACCCUGGCGUCCAGGCCCUGCUGUCCGGGGGCACUCGAGCGCGGCGGCCCCACGCAUGCCCUCCCGGGAGCCCCCGCUGCCCAGCCUGCCCGGCCCCGAGCCCCGCGCCCGCCGGCCGCAGUGCCAGCCCUGGCCGGGAGAGCUCCGCACGAGGACCAGGAAGAUCGUUUUUGCGGAUGAACUGCGCCCCCUGUCCCCGCUGCACCCAGAGAAGCCUCUCAGGGACCUUGGACCUCGCCCCAGCACAGUGCCCGACUACGAACUGAAGUACCCUCCAGUGAGCUGCCGGAGGGCCCGGAGCCGCUAUGCUGCUGUGUUCCAGGACCAGUAUUCGGAGUUCUCGGAGCUCCAGCGGGAUGUGGGGGCCUCGCAGGCCAAGCUGCAGCAGCUGGAGGCCCUGCUGCUGUCGCUGCCCCCACCGCGAAGCCAGGUCAGCCCCGGGGCCCCAUGUGCAUGGUGGCCUUCCUCUGCCCUUCUGAGCCCCCUCCUCUCCUCGCCCUUUCAGAAGGAGGCUCGAGUGGCAGCUCGUGUCAGGAGAGAGUUGGAGAAGAAGCGGGUGGAUCCUGGCUUCCUAGAGAAGCAGGCUCGCUGUCAAUACCUGGAGGGUAAACUGAGGCACCUCAAGGCCCAGAUCCGAAAAUUUGAUGACCAAGGGGACAGCGGCAGUGAGGACUCCGUGUACUUCUGACUGUCUUGGAGAUAGUGGCUGGUGCCUCCUCCCAUGGGGAACCGCACCCCAGUUCUUCCAGGGGAAGCAAGUCCCGUUGAGAACCCCAGAGAAUAAACAUGGAUUAGACACCUA